CAUCCUGCUCAUUGAUACAGCUUUAAUCUUGCGCCAGCGUCACAUGGAGUUUGUAUUGGAGCAGAUGAGGCCCGCAUUAGAAUGAUCGCUUGAAGAAUGGACAUUUCUGCAGCAAAAACAACAACCCACGAGUCUCUACCUUGGCCUCCCCUUAAACCACCAACAAAGGGAAGGAAGCAGGGACAAUCCGUGUCAAUAACAACCCACCAGUACGUAGGCUGUUCAGUAUCCCAGUAUGACGUGUCCAACUCCUCUAACAUCGCUGUUGGACACAAUGGACAAAAUGGCUGUCUAUCACAAGAAAGCCUUUGCAUGAGGAUCAAGGAACUGAGGGAUGGUUUUAUUGCGACUCAUGCUCUAAGCAAAGCUCAAGAACUUCUGAAAAGGCACCACCACGUGGCAAUCUGUGGAGCUCCUGGAGAUGGGAAAACCACCACAGCACUCAUGCUCUGUGAAAAAUAUCGCCAGAAAAAAUAUGAAAUAUUAUUUGUGGAAAAUAUAGAGAAGCUGGCUGUUGAAACAAUUAUCAAAAGACAAAAUCACAUGAUAGUUGUAUUUGAUGACAUUUUUGGAUCUGUAACAUUUUCAGCUAAUAUGGACAAACUACAUUACGUUUUCAAUACCUUGAAUGACGCCUUAUUGAGCUCGACAAGGGACAAUGAAACUGUUGCCAAGAAGACGACUGAUGAAAAGAUACCAAGAGGACACAAAAUUCUUCUUAUAUUCACCUCAAGAAGCUACAACUGGAACGAGGGCAGUGCAAGACUGCAUCAGUUCAAAGUAAACAUCUUCAAACCUGAAGCCAUUGUUGAUCUGACAAGAUCAUUUCUGACCACAGAAGAAAAAAAGGCUAUGAUUCAAUCAUUCAGCUCCAGGAGUCAGAUGUGUGAAGCCUCAAGCAAGGACAUGCAAACCAUUACUGAGUUACAAGACAGCAUAUUUGGAUAUCCUUUGAUCUGCAAAUUGUACUACACUAACCCAGUCUUCCAGAUGCACAGUCGUAUUGACUUCUUCCAGAACCCUGUGACAUACCUGAGAGGUGACCUUGACACCAUUGUUCGUGAAGGCAGCAGCAGAUCGGCAGCUCUUGUUCUCCUUGUUCUGUGUGGUGGGAAGUUGGACCUUGUCGCCUUCAAACUGGGGAUAGACAUGAAAAUUACAGAUUUACUCCAGGUUGUAAAGGAAGAGAUAUCACUUUGUACUCGUACCGGCAUUGCGAAGGAGAUCUGCAACUUUACUGGCACUUACUGUACAGUAGAGAAUCAGGUAGCCUCCUUCUUUCAUCCAUCCAUCCACGAUGCUGCAGCAUGCGCCCUGGGAAAUCUGAAUGAUGUGUUGUUACUGAAACAUUGUUCGCUGCAGUUCUUAUAUGAAAGAGUUAGACUGAGCAAGGACAGCCAGCAACAGACAACCCACACCGAUGAUGUCACAAACAUGAUCUACAUCACUUCCAGUCUCCACCCGUUAGUGAUCAGCAGGUUGGUGGAGGGUGUCCGAGAAGGAUGCUUCAGAUGGACAGUAGGCCACCCUGUAUUCAGAAGUGCUCAAAUAGCAUCCUCCUUCUUGACACAGAUCAUGGCUGACUUACCAGGUGUUGUUCAAAGAAAAGAUAGGAACUCAGGCGAAUGUUUUUUAUACUGGGUUUCAUUGUCAACUAACCAUUCACUGUUUGAACGCUCGGUGUCACUGAUGAGUAAUGAUGGGAAUAUUUCACAUUCUGCACUCACUGACUUCUAUGACAGUAUCACAGGCAGUAUACAAAAUGGUUACCUAAAACAUCUUCAACAUAUUACUGCUGUACUCAAACAACAUGGGAAAUAUGAUGUAAACUGGAGGACAAACAGAGGAAGGACCAUGCUUAUGGCUGCUGCUGAGACAGGACAGUUGGAUGUGUUCAACUAUCUACUCAAAGAGGGAGCUGACGUCUCUCUGAGAGACUGGCAUGGCCACAACUGUCUUCAUAUUUCAUGUAAAUAUGGAAGCCAUGAUAUCGCCAGAGUUGUUAUUGAGCAGUUCCAACAAAUGAUUGAAGUGCCUGAUAAAAUGCAAAACACCCCAGCAAUGCUGAGUGCGAAGUCAGGGCAAUGUGAGAUCCUGAAGUGUCUUGUGUCCCACAAGGCAGAUCUCACUGUCACCAAUUAUUGUAACUGUAACUGUCUUCAUAUUUCAUGUGCAAAUGGUCACAUAUCAAUUGUGAAAUAUUUGAUCUCAUUUCCACAAAUCGACAUGAAUAUGAAAGGAGGCUUCUUGACCACAACACCAGUGAUGAUGGCAGCUGAAGGAGGACACUAUUCUGUUUUUUAUCUUCUUGUAUCAGAAGGAGCCGAUUUGUCACAUACUGAUGACUACAACAGGGACUGCCUGAUGCUGGCAUGUGGGGGAGGUAAUCUCCCUAUUGUCAAACAUCUCUUAUCUUUGAAUACCUCCGACAUCAACAGAAAAGGGCACAAUGGACAAACGUCGGUUAUGUUGGCAGCUGCAGGGGGACACAGUAGUGUUUAUAACCUUCUUGUGUCAAAGGGUGCUGAUCUGUCGCUCAUCGACAAUGACAACAGAGAUUGUUUGAUGUUGGCUUGUGAAGGAGGGGACAUAAAUAUAGUGAAACAUCUCUUCUCUUUGAAAACGGUUGAUGUAAACAGAAGAGGGGGAUGGCAAGAAACAACACCAGUUUUGAUGGCAGCUGAAUGUGGUCACUCUGAAGUCUUUAAUCUUCUUGUAUCCAGAGGAGCUGACUUAUCACGUGUUGACAGAUACAACAGAAACUGUCUGAUGUUGGCAUGUAAGGGAGGCAAUCUUUCUAUUGCGAAACACCUCUUAUCUCUGAACACAUUUGACAUCAACAAGAGAGGGGGAUAUUCAGAUCAAACACCAGUGAUGGUUGCAAUUGAGGAAGAACACUAUGAUGUUUAUCAUCUUCUUGCUUCAGAGGGAGCUGAUGUGUCACUCGCUGACAAAUUCAGCACAGAUUGUCUCAUGGUUGCAUGUAUGCAAGGAAACAUAUCCACAGUGAAACAUCUCUUAUCCUUGAACAUCUUUGACAUCAACAGAAGAGGCGGAUGGAGGCAACAUACUGCUGUUAUGAUGGCAGUAGAAGGAGGACACUGUGAUGUUUAUAAGCUUCUUGUGUCACAGGGAGCUGAUCUCUCUCUUUCUGAUGUUCACAACAGAGACUGUCUGAUGUUGGCAUGCAUGGGCGGUAGCCUAGCUAUUGUGCAAGACAAUUUAUCUUUGGGAGCAUUUGACAUCAAUAGAAGAGGAGGCUGCUCAGACCAAACCCCAGUCAUGGUGGCAGCUGAAGAAGGACGCUAUGACAUUUACAAUCUUCUUGUAUCAGCGGGAGCUGACCUCUCAAUUACUGAUGGAUCCAACAGGGACUGUGUGAUCUGGGCGUGUAAGGGAGGUAACCCAUCCAUAGUGAAACACCUCUUAUCCCUGAACACAUUUGGCAGAGAAGAAUAUGGUUGUGCUGAAUAUAUCAGUUGUGCCAAGGGACACAAGGACAUCAUUGACCUCCUGAAAUUAUAUUCAGUGAAGGUCUGUACUGCUCAGUAUCAGAUAGAGGACGAGUGACAGUACGUUAUCAAGUAAAAAUGUUAUGCCAAGAACUGAGGCAGAGACUCUCUCUCAUUUACUCACAUAGUUUUAAACACAGAAUGCUUAUCUCCAUUCAACCAUGAAAAAAUUGUGUGAACAAAGGUCCAACACACUGGUUACGGGUGAUAAGGUUUCAUUCCCAGUGUCUGAUACACUCCCUGAAACAAUAUAUCAUUCAAAAAUACAGUGUCAUAACUUGAGGCUUCAAAACAGUCAGGGGUGGUCGGGUAGCCUAGUGGUUAAAGCGUUCGCUCGUCACGCAAAAGACCCGGGUUCAAAUCCCGACGUGGAUUCAAUGUGUGAAGCCCAUUUCUGGUGUCCCCGGCCGUGAUAUUGCUGGAAUAUUGCUAAAAGCGGCGUAAAACCAAACUCAUUCACACAAAACAGUCCAUUACAAAAAUUAAAGAAAUAAAAAUGACAGAUUAUAUGAUUAUUAACAACAAGGGUCGAUAACUCCUUGAUUAACGCAUACAUUCAAAUCAAAAUAGAUAUGGGACAGACAUAGACGUUUUCAUGCAAUACGUAUGUCAGAUUAAAUAGAUAUGAUACCCAGUAUCACAUAAACAUAUACCAGAAUACAAAAUAACAUUAUUCUGACCCGGUGUAUGACACUGGGGUGCACACGACGUUAGCACCGCCAAACCAGAACAACCAAGCGUAACUAAAAUCUGUGUAAACAAUUUUCUGUAGUAACUACAAAUCAAAUAGCUACUAUCAUUACAAACGCAUGGAACGCAUCAAAACAGCUUAGGCUAAAACCACAUUCGUACUUAAAUUCACAUAUACAAUAUUCAUCCUAUCAUUUAUGAAAUCAGUCAAUCAAACGUUCAAACGAAAGGACACUUUCAUCAUUGCUUUGCCAUUAAACACAGAAAAAAAACCCUCCUAAUCCCCCCUCCUCCUCCUCCUCCCUCUGCUCGCCAACUCUGAUGUCCAUGAUAGCCUUACUUGCUUCAGUGGAGGAUUUUACGUGCGCUUCUUUUAUUUAAGUUGAGGAUUUUACGUGGGUUUCUCCUCCUCGCCCUCUUGGAGGCGCAAGCCUCCUGGAACCGGAUGUGCCGCCAUCUUUUGAGGCGCAUGCCUCCCGGAAACGGACGUGACGUCAUCUUGGAUGCGCACGCAUUACCCAGCAUGUCCCUCUUCGCGCAUCCAAGAUGGCGGCACUUUCAAUAGGGGAGAUAACUCCUGCUGGCUUGACCAGGGUUCUGUCCUAUACCACUAACAAUACAUAUUUUACCGAAAUUUGUUCCUGAAAUAGCCAGGAUUUCUACCCCUCUGCGGGCAAUUAUAUGAUAUGAAAAAUAGUAACACAAAGAGCAAAAAUACGGUUUCGUCUCUCACCUGUUACUUAUCUAGACUGCUCUCCUUUUUCGUGGUAAUUUGAUGAAUGGGUACACACAACUAGUUAUACUACCGCGGGCCCGUUUUAUAUUUUCGGCACCUUUCCCCUACGCUGAGCGCGCUGGUCAUACGUCACUCAUACGCUUGACAUAAGCUGGCAAUACGCUUUUAUACUUUUAAAUUAUGUAUAAGUCAGUGAUGCACUACUAAUACGUUAGACAUGCGUUAGAUAUACGGUGAACUCGUUAUGUAUACGCAGUGUUCGAAAUACCUGCCUGCCCGACCGUCCGAGACGGGUUGAUUUCAACUCGGGCUGCCAGAUUUUCGAAUCCCCCUGCCCGACAGUCGGGUAAUAUUUCAUAUGUAAAAAUAUUCUAAAU